CAGUCUUCAGUUGAGCCGUGAUGGUUGGUUGAUAACUAUUUCGUGAUAUUUUUGUAGGUGUGUCAUGGCCUCACGGCAUGUCGGCUCGUGUUAAUAUUGUUUCUGUUCAGCUAUGAGUUAUCGGCCCCGUUCUGUGUGCACGUCCUGAUAACGGCACAAGUGUUUCGAAUUGCGUCGCGUACGGGUUGUGUGUGCAUGUCCUGAUAGGGACACGAGUGUUUAGAAAAUAACGUGUGCAGUGAAUCGGGUAGGCCUACGUUUUGUUGUGCUUGUGAUGGAUUCAUUUGUAUACAAUAUUGUUUUUGAAUGGGUUAACCUCAUCCUGUAAGCCUGCUUGUUUUCGAUAAUAUUUUAGUGAAACUUGUGUGGAGCAUAAGUAAUUAGUAAUAAUUGGGUACGAUGAUGUUUUAACGAAAUACCAGCGUUUUGUUGAAUCAAUUCAGUUGUUUAAAUGGUUUAAUUACAUAGCUAAGAUAAUCUGUGAAUGAGGGAGUUGAUUAGAUUAGGAAAAAGUGAAUUCUAAACUGGGAUGAAUGAAGAAUAACUGGAGUGUACAAGUUGUAAAUUAAAUUCAAAUUCAAAAACUGCUUGUGCUGAUAAUUGAUUUUUUACUAUUCUGAAUUCUGAAUCUAUAAUAUUUCAAUUCGGAAGCCAAUAUGGAUGGUAAUAAGGAUCCGAAUGUAAAAGUAAGUGCUUCAGGUAGAAUCUUGGUUGACCUGAGCAAAAUAUAUCCUAGGAAAAUAGAUGAUUUUAGAGACAUGAUUAGAGCUGAAGAAGAAGAAAAAGAGAAAAUGAAAAGACGCCGCCAAGAGGAAGAUAGAAAAUGAGAGGAAUCUGAACAACCAAAUACUGUAACUUGCAAUGCUCAGGAGGGUCUGAACAUGAUUAAAAACUAGGGGUAAUUUAAUUAUUUUGAUAUAUCGCAAACACAUAAUUCUAAAGUAUAGCACAUUUUUGUUUGACCUGUGAGUAUGGACGUCCUCAGUGGGUCGCCAAAAUUAAACGUUGGAUUCUGGUAACGGUAGUUCAAGUCAUAUGCUGUGGAAUUUAGAAAUAGUUGAAGGUUGCCCAUGAAUUUGGAGUGAUUUUGAGUAAGAAUUAUUGAAGAAGGGGGUUUGGUGAGGUAUAGUGGUUGAUUGGAGAGCCUAUGUAGUAACUUUAGAGUGCUUCAAGGAUUUCUAGUGAUUUUGGGGAGGUUUAGCAAAAGUAGGGAGGGUUUCAAACUGGAGUAUUGUGUACUUGUGAAGUGUUGAUUCGUAUUCACGAUGAUUUGUAGUGGGGGUGUUAGUUGAAGGCUGAAAACCAUGCCCCCGGAUCACACGUCACCCAGCAGUUCUGCUGGAUUCUGUGAGAUCGGUUUCUCUGAUACUAUUUUGGGAGUAUUUGUGUGUUGAGAAUUAUGGGAGGCUAAUCCGACGUGCAACUUCGCCACUCCGGAUGUCGUUUCGGGGGACCAAUGGCAGUAUCUGCCUGCCGCAGGGGGGGCCCAAUUUGGGGGGCGCCGACCCCCAAGGGGGCACCCCGAAGGCGCCCACUGCCGUUGCCAUAGUGACGCCGCAACGCAGCAAUUCUCUGGAUUUUUUGAAUUUUGAAGAAAAGCGUCAGCUGAUCGCCUCGUCGCUGUCACUGACUGACUUUCUGCAUCAUGGCGGAUCUGCCACCAGCCCUUCGUCACCCACUUCCGGCAGCAUCUAUUCAGCUAAAAAGCAGAAUGGAGCUGCGCUGAGAACGAACAGCCUUGGCUCGGGAACGCGGACGCCGCCUCUCGAACGCAAGAGUAAGUUUUCGGCGCUCGGUCGUCUGUUCAAGCCCUGGAAAUGGAAACGGAAAAAAAAGUCGGAGAAGUUCGAGGCUGCUUCAAGAUCUCUGGAGAGGAAAAUCUCGGUGCGGGCGCCGAGGGAUGAACUCGUCCAGAAGGGCAUCCUGAUCUUGGAGAGCCCCACAAACCCCUACCCCCACCCCCACCCCUAUCCUCACUCACAACCACCCAACACCCUCCAGCAGAUGCCGCCAACCUCACUACAAGGCAACAUGGUUGGAGAGUCCCUCUCACCCUGCGGUUACCAACAGACUCCGCCGUGCGGAGCGUUUGUGCUGCCACCUCUCGAGUUGAGAAAAGAGAAGCCUGAAGCUUCCUCUUCGUCGACCUCCUCCCCCUCCUCACACCAACACAACCACCAGUCGAACGGGGGCUGCGUGCCGGCCUCGGGGGGCGAUGGGGGCAGGCCCCCCACACCCUCGGGGGGCGGAGGGGAUGGCCAGGGGGCACGCCCCGAGCGGCCCUCGUCGCUGGGUCCAGGCAAGCUGACGCGACGGCUGCUCUGCUAUCACGGGGAGCACUUUGGGGGGUCGGCUGCCUCGUCACCCACCCGGGGGGGCCAGAUGCCUACCAUCACGCCGCCUAGUGACAAUCAGUACGGCAGCGAAGGUUCUCCGCGACUGGGCGGGGGCGGUACCCCUCUGCCCCCGAACUGUGAGCCGCCACUGACUCUGUCUUCACUGCCAGAGCCGCCGAUUCCCGUCUCCGAGAUCGGCCCCAUUCCACCGCCCCCCAUGUUCAGCAGUAGUGAGCCGCCCCCGACCUCAACCAACAUCACCUACAAGACCAUGCCAUUCGUCAACUUCUCUGAGUUUGUUAGCGAUGCUGGUUUCGGCGGCGACCAGAAUGACUACGACGAUGAUGACUGCGGUCAAGAGGAGGAGGAGGAUGAGGAUGAGGAGGAGGAGUACGAUGAGGGGGAUGAUGAGGGCGACGGGGGAGGGGGAGGGAGGCGUCCUGACCCGAGCAUCGACACGUCGCGUGUGGAGGAGAUCCCCGCCAAGGAGCCCAAGUUCCACGCCAUGCCGCUCAAGUCGGCUCUCAAGAAGCCUCCCACCCCUACCCAGGAUGCCCCUCCACAGCAGCAGAUGCCAUCUAAUCUCAAAAGGCCACCCUUGAGGCCCAGGAUAAGAAUAUGCACUCGGCCGGUUAGGUUCGGUCUGUCGUUACCAUGCACCCUGGAGAACAAGGAGAACACGCGGCCCUACUCCGAUAAUGAUACAGAUGGCAGUGAUAGCAGUGGCGAUGGACCCAUACUCUACAGGGACGACCGGGAUGAUCAAGAUAACCGUUUGGCGGCGAAGAUCGCCCGUAAGGACAGCCUGGCCCUGAAGUUGGCGCUCCGACCCGACCGACAGGAGUUGAUCGACCGCAACAUCCUCCAGGUGCAGAGUGAGAAGGAGAAACAGGAGUCCAAGGAGGCGGUGGGCGCCAGGCUCAUCAGGCGAUUGAGUAUGCGACCAACACAAGAAGAACUAGAGGAUAGGAAUAUAUUGAAAAAACAAAGUGCAGCAGAAGAGAAAAAGUUGAAAGAAGAAAAGAAGCGGAUGCUACUAAGAAAACUCAGUUUUCGACCAACCGUUGAAGAGCUCAAAGAGAAGAAGAUAAUCAGGUUCAACGACUACAUAGAGGUUACGCAGGCGCACGACUACGACAGGCGAGCCGACAAGCCGUGGACGCGGCUCACGCCCAAGGAUAAGGCAGCCAUUCGUAAGGAGCUCAAUGAGUUCAAGAGCUCCGAAAUGGAGGUGCAUCACGACAGCAAACAUCUCACCAGAUUCCAUAGGCCAUGACGUUUGCGGGAUGCCUCCCGAGGCCAGCUGCCUCUCUAAGCUAAGUUCCCUAGUUGAGUCUCAAGCAUCUUAUUUACAAAAUAUCGAUUAUUGUCGAAUCAGCUUUAAAGUAAAUAUACUAAAACAAAUUGAGCGUAAGAUUUUUGUGUACAAUGCGAAAGACGUUUAUUUUAUAUACAUAUGAUAUAUUAUAUGAUAAGCAUUGUGUAUGCCCUAAAUUUAUACAACAAAGAUGAGUGAAAGAAAACAUUGUUGUGCUAUAUACAUACAUUUUAAGAUUGAUUUUUUCCGAAAAUAAACACUAAAAAACUGUAAAAAUAAUACACAAGAUGAAUGUGCACAUUUUUAAAACAAGAUUUUCUAGCGUCCUUAGUAGCGUUGUGAAACUGUUGUUUAUAGCCAUGUUUUUAGAUUGUUUCGAUUAAACUGCGCUGUCUGUAAAUAUAUGAUUUCUGUUUACUAAUUGUAUCUUAUACAUAAAAUAUAUAAAUAAGAGUAAAUAAUGUUAUAGGAAUUAACCAUUUCUUGUACAGAGAUGGUGUGUUUAUAGCUUAGAAGUGCGUUUUUAGCACAACUUUCCACUAUAGUAUCUGUUAUGGCAGAACAGUUUAUUUGAAUUCAGUAGUUUUUGGGUGUCUGUCCAAAAAUUAAUCUUGAAGAAUGAAAUAAGAUUUGAAAAUGAUUUUGAUCUAUGAUCAAAAUUCAUAAUGUCUUGGUAGAAUUGAUAAUCUGUUGUAAAUUGCUUCGUUAUGAAUUGGGACUUCAUACAAUUUUAUAUUGAAUUCAAACUCAAGUUUUGAAAAUUAUUUAUAAAUUUCUUAUGUAAAAUAGGCUCUCUUUUAAAUUCAUAUCAUCUAAUAAGAAAUGAUGACUUCAUAGGGGUUUCUAUUAUUGCAAGAUAUUCCAAUUAUUAAAUAUUGUAUUCAAAUAUUGAAUACGGGUCCUGUAUUGAACAAGAAAGAUCUCAGUUUGUAGGUGAAACACUGUCAAUUUUGCAAUUUUAAUUAAAAUUUACCCUCGAAAUAACUAUUUAUAAACGGUAUUCAAUAUAAACUCAAAGAAGUGAUAAUUUCAUGAAAAAUCUUACUUCUAAAACCACUGUCAACUCUGCAAAUUUCAUUAAAAUUGAGCCUCGAAAUAACUGUUUGAUAAACGGUAUUCAAUAUAAACUCACAGAAGUGAUAAGUUCAUGAACAAUCUUACUUCUAAUUUCAUGGAGAUUUGAGCCAACGUAAACUUCAAUAAUAGUUGAAAACGAUCAUUCUAGAUUCAGUUGUUAACUUAUUUAACAAGUCUUUGACUGAAAAUAUCCUUAAGCUUCAAACAUAACUUUUCUCAGAUGACUGAAAUGUUUUCGACUUCCACUUCUAAAACAUGAAAUUUCAAUUCAACUAGAGUGGUUAGGUAUUUUAUAUUAUUGUAAUCCAAGUUGAACCUCAAGUAAUAUAAGUAUUAAUACUUAAUACUAAUGAUAUUAAUACUUAGUAUUAAAUGAUUAUGAAAUGUUCAAAAGGCAGACACCCAUAGAGAACAUCCCUUCCGAACGGGUGCAGUUAUUGCUUAGUGCACUCUGUAGAGCAAUCUCGCUAGAGUACUUCGUUUCUCAACUAUUUACCUCAACUCUUCUAAAGUAAAUCCAAGAAUAGGAGAAAAUGAUCAUUCAAUAAAAUAAAUUUAUCAUUAUUAUCCUAUUUUAAAAAUAUCCUUUAGUUUUUCAACAAUAUUAUUCAGGAUUUCCUAAGAAUUUGAGUUUUCUGUUACUCUUAAUGUUCUUUCUUUCGAUUUCUACUGUUUAGACUCGUCCUGAACUAUAGCUAGAUCAGUCUAAACUUGUCUAUUGUCAGCCUAGAUU